AUGUAUUGUGGAAAUUUCGAUGAUUUUGAAAGUGGGUAUGAACAACGUCGCAAAGAAAUGAAUAAAAAAUUUGAAACUUAUGACAAACAAGUCAAAGCUGCUAAAAGAGAUGGGAACCAAAAGCAACAAGAGAAAGUCAAAGAAAAUGUGAAGUUUGUAGUCAAAGAAGCGAAAAAGAAAUCAAAAGGGAAAGUGGAUGAAGAUGAAGAAAUCCCAAAAGCCCGACAGAAAUGGAGAUAUUACACAGUCGAGUUUCAUUUUCCCGAACCCACCAAGUUAACUCAACCAUUGUUACAACUAAUUGAUGUUAGUUUUAGUUAUCCGGAAAGAGACGAUUUUCGAUUAUCUGAUGUGGAUGUUGGGAUUGAUAUGGGGACACGUGUCGUUAUUGUAGGCCCUAAUGGUGCUGGAAAGUCAACUUUACUAAACUUACUUGCAGGUGAUUUGAAUCUGACUGAAGGUGAACUGAGGAGAAGUCAGAAGCUAAGAAUUGAGAGAUACUCGCAACAUUUUGUUGACUUGUUGACCAUGGGUGAAACCCUGGUUCAGUAUCUACUCCGGUUACAUCCGGAACAAGAUGGGUUUAGCAAGCAAGAAGCGGUUAGUGCUAAACUUGGUAAAUUUGGGUUGCCAAGUCAUAAUCAUCUGACACCAAUUGCUAAAUUGUCAGGGGAAAAAAAGCGCGUGUUGUUUUUACAUCGAUAUCGAUGUCGAAACCGCAUACUUUGUUGCUUGAUGAGCCCACAAAUCAUUUGA